AUGGCGGGCGACGAGUACUCCGUCGGCGGCGGCAAGCUCAAGCUGAAGGGCAGUAAAGUCAGCGGAGGGCGGAUAGAGAAGAAAAAGAAGAAGAGCACGAAGAAGAAGGAGGGAGAAGCACAGCCAAAGCCGGAGACAACGCCGGAUACGCAGCGGCCAGAAAAUGAAAGGGAAGAGGGUGUGAGGUCUGAGGAAGACAGAGAGAAGGAGUGGGAUGCAUCUGGGAAGACUGAGGCCGAAAGGAGAGCCGAGGAGAUUCGGCGAAAACGGUUGCAUGAGCGGCUCCAGCGCGAAGGUGUCAAAACUCAUAAGGAGCGUGUGGAGGAGUUGAAUAAGUAUCUCAGUCGACUGAGUGAGCAUCAUGAUAUGCCGAAGAUUGGACCGGGCUAA